CGGGAAAAAUCAGAAGAGUUUAUAUAAAAACGUUUAAACAGCGCUAGUGUUUAUGUACGUAUCUAUGGUCUGACGUGAAUACAGGAAGUGACGUCAGCGCUCAGAAACUCCUCAGAAAAAAAGAGCCAGCGCCAUAGAUAUAAGCGUCGUACUCAGCAGAGAGGUAGACCAACAAAGGCUGUAGCUUCUUGAUCUCCGCACCGACUGCUGUCCGCCAAGAUGCCCGAACCUGAGAGCUACUCCAACCCUCUGGCUCCUGAUGACCAUGAGCUGGAUGACCACCGAGGGGCCAGUCAGGCCAAGCUGACCAAUGAUGACUUCAGGAAGCUGCUGAUGACCCCACGUGCGACUCCUUCCUCUGCUCCGCCCACAAAAUCCAGACACCAUGAAAUGCCAAGAGACUACAAUGAGGAUGAGGACCCUGCAGCUCGAAGGAGGAAGAAGAAGAGCUAUUACGCUAAGCUACGUCAGCAAGAGAUGGAGAGAGAGCGAGAGCUGGCAGAGAAGUACCGGGACCGGGCGAGAGAGCGACGAGACGGUGUUAACAAGGACUAUGAAGAGACGGAGCUCAUCAGCACCACGGCCAACUACCGGGCCGUUGGGCCCACAGCUGAGGCAGACAAGUCUGCCGCAGAGAAACGUCGACAGCUCAUCCAGGAGUCCAAGUUCUUGGGAGGUGACAUGGAGCACACUCACUUGGUGAAAGGUCUGGACUUCGCUUUGCUGCAGAAGGUGAGGGCUGAAAUCACCAGCAAGGAGAAAGAGGAAGAAGACCUGAUGGACAAAGUCCAGAAAGAGACCAAGAAAGACCUGGAACCAGAGGAGAAGAUUGAGUUCAAGACUCGUCUUGGGAGGAACAUCUUCCGUAUGGUGUUCAGGUCUGGGGUUUCAGAGCGGAACGAGCUCUUCCUGCCUGGCAGGAUGGCGUACGUGGUGGACCUGGACGAUGAAUUCACAGACACCGACAUCCCCACCACUCUGAUCCGUAGCAAGGCUGACUGUCCCAGUAUGGAGGCUCAGACAACUCUCACCACUAAUGACAUCGUGAUCUCUAAGCUGACUCAGAUCCUGUCCUACCUGAGACAGGGGACACGCCACAAGAAGCUCAAGAAGAAGGACAAGGGUGAGCUUAUUUUAAAGCUUGAGACACGUCCUCAGGACCAGCCUAUGUGGCUUCCCGUUGAUGCGUGCCUGUCUGUUUCAGGGAAACUGGAUGAUAAGAGGGCUCCUGAAGCUGAUCUGAGCAUUUUUGACGACAUUGGGGACUACAUCCCAUCCGCCACUUCAACCACUAAACCGGUCAAAGACAAGGACCGGCACCGGGAACGGAACAGAGAGGACGACAGCAAGAGCCGGAGACACAGCUACUUUGAGAAGCCCAGAGCAGACGAACACCAGCUGAUGGAUGUGGACGCAGGUCCUGGAUCAGUCAGAGACCAGAUCAACAUGAUCAACGAGAAGUUUGGUGGAGCUGCCGGCAGCCAGUGGCAAGGCCAGGAGCCUGGUUCUCAGAGGAGGGACUCCAGUAAGGAGCACCUGGGAGACUUCUUUGGAGGGUCCAACUCCUACGCCGAGUGUUAUCCCGCUACGAUGGACGACCUGGCAGUGGACAGUGAUGAAGAGGUAGACUACAGUAAGAUGGACCAGGGGAACAAAAAGGGUCCUUUGGGUCGCUGGGACUUUGACACCCAGGAGGAGUACUCGGACUACAUGAACAACAAGGAGGCUCUUCCCAAGGCUGCCUUCCAGUAUGGCAUCAAAAUGUCCGAAGGGCGAAAGACCCGGCGCUUUAAGGAGACCAAUGAGAAGGCUGAGCUAGACCGCCAGUGGAAGAAGAUCAGCGCGAUCAUUGAGAAGAGGAAGAAGCUGGAGGCUGAUGGGGUGGAUGUGAAGAGACCCAAGUACUGAAGUCCAGUUAGGUUCUUCACAACAGCGAUGCUGAUGUCAUUCACACUUUAUUUUUAAUCUGAUUCCUGAAUAAAACCAUCUGAACCAG